AUGGCGUAUAACUCGCGAAUGUCGAUAAUACCGCCGACGCAAAACCAGUCGCGCACGCGAAAGAAGGAGGAGGAAGCUGACGCCUUUAUGCGGUUGCCGGACAGAGAGAUCGUCGGUUGUAUAACAGACAUCGGGAUCCCUUUUACCGUUGCCGACCUGCAGAAGCCGAAUCCAUUACAAGUACAAAUGAUCUUCGAGUGGUUCGCCGAAUUGCUUUUGAAUGCGACUCGUGAUACUGUCGAGCCAGCGAUGCGCGCUGCAGCUGAGGAUAUAUGCGGCGAAUUCACCGAUAUCGUGCCUCCCGAUACUCGCAACUUACUAGGCUUCUACGUGUCGCUGCGCAAACUACUUCUCGAGUGCGGUAUUACCGACUUCAGUUUUAGCGAUCUAUAUAAACCCACACAUCCCCGACUCGUCAAGAUCUUCAGUUACUUGAUAAACUUCGUUCGGUUCCGCGAAAGUCAGACCAAUGUCAUUGACGAGCAUUUCAAUAAGGCCGAACAGACCAAGACGCGGAUCGAGACGCUAUAUGGCGAGAACCAAGACUUGGAAGCCAGAUUAGAAGAGAUGCGACAUAACCGGAAGGCGAUGGAAGCCCAAGUUCGCGAAAAGACGGAACGUAAUGAGGAGCUAAAGAAGACUCUGUUGGAACUACGACGGAACCAAGAGAAGGUCGCAGUUCGGCUAGAAGAGGCGAAGGCAAAGAAGGGAGAGUUGGCACAACGGCUCGAACAGAAAACAACCGAGAAGAUGCUGCUUAAGCAGGAGAGCGCCAAGCUACGACCAUACACACUACAAAGUCCCCAAGCGUUGCAAACAAGUUUAGCGGAGCUCAGCAAUACUCUCAACACAGAUAAAGCCCAUAUAGACUCUCUAGAUCGACGAGCAAGAGCAUUGCAGACGUCGACGGAUUCCUUCGGUGUUGUGGCGACGGAUGUUGCAUCCUGUAUUAAACUUCUCGAUGAGAUCUCAACAGAACUAGCCAAGGAGGAAGAGGAAAAUGCUAGAAACGCGAAGCAACGAGAUGCGUUAUCAGAACGUGGCAACAACGUUAAAGAAGUGGAGAGAACAGAGGCAUUGCUACAGAGGCAGUUAAGCAAGUGGAACGAGCGUACAGAAAAACUCCGCGACCAUAGUCGAGAGAAAGCCCAGGAAGCCAAGGAGAAGAUGGAAGAGCUCCGAGCAUUACACAAGAAGUUGACAGAGGAGCGCGCAACGAAGGGCACAGAGAUCGAGCGAAGGAGGGUCCGAAUUGAGCAAACUGAGAAGAAGAUGCUGGAUCUCAAGGAGAACAUCGAGAGAGAGGUUCACAGCGCAUAUGAUGAGUAUCUGAAGAUGGAGUCACACAUCAAGCUGUACAUCACGGAGAUGGAGCAGGCCGUCUCCAUCUGA